CGUUAUUGAACAAUCAGCUGUGUUUUCUUUGUCAGUGAGAUAAGAACAGCCAAAGGUCAUUACAUAUCUACAGAGCAGUGCAGUUCAAAUACCCAAGGAGUUAGGUGUUAAUUAUUGUUAGGAAAUACAGUGUAAACAGCAAGCCAGAAGAGUGGAAUCCUCCAUGCCUACACCUUCCUUUCUGAGUGAGCUAUUGCCAGGCUCAUUGUGACUCAGAAUCAAUCUCCCCCCCCCUUGCCUCUCUGUCUCUCUGUCUCUCUCUCUGUCUCUGACUCUCUCUCUCUCUCUUUAUCUCUCUGUCUCUCAAUUCUCUGUCUAUCUCAUCUUAUACAAGCCAUGUGGCUCUACCUGAUGGCACUUGUGGGCCUGUGGAUGCUUUUGCGGUUGUUCAAGGAGAGGCAGGUGGUGGAUCAUCUCCAAGACAAGUAUGUCUUCAUCACAGGCUGUGGCUCAGGCUUUGGGAACCUGCUGGCCAGACAGCUGGACAGAAGAGGAAUGAGGGUAUUGGCUGCCUGUCGGAGGGAGGAAGGAGCAGAGCAGCUGAGGAAGAAGACAUCAGACAGGCUGGAGACAGUGAUCCUUGAUGUCACCAGCACAGAGAGUAUUGUGGCAGCCACUCAGUGGGUGAAGGAGCGUGUUGGGAACAAAGGACUCUGGGGCCUGGUCAACAAUGCUGGAAUCUCCACCCCCUUGGGUCCUAAUGAGUGGAUGAAGAAACAGGACUUUGCAACUAUACUGGAUGUGAACCUGUUAGGCAUGAUCGAGGUGACACUGAGCAUGCUGCCCUUAGUGAGGAAGGCAAGGGGCCGCAUUGUCAAUGUCUCCAGCAUCAUGGGUCGAGUGUCUUUUGGUGGUGGUGGUUACUGCAUCUCCAAGUACGGUAUUGAGGCCUUCUCAGACUCUCUUAGGAGGGAACUUUCCUACUUUGGAGUGAAAGUGGCUAUUAUAGAGCCUGGACACUUCAAGACUGGAAUGACCAGUAGAGGCAGAUUAUCAUCAAGCUUCCAGAUGCUGUGGGACCAGACCAGCUCAGAAAUCAGGGAGAUCUAUGGCGAGAAAUACUUGGCAUUCAAUCUGAAAAAGCUAGACGGAUUGGACCAGUUGGGCAACAAGGACCUGUCUUUGGUGACUGACUGCAUGGAGCAUGCUCUGACUGCCUGUCACCCUCGCACCCGAUAUUCAGCUGGGUGGGAUGCCAAGCUCUACUACCUUCCCUUGAGCUACCUGCCCACCUCUCUUGUGGAUGCCCUUCUCUACUGGACUUCUCCAAAGCCUGAGAAAGCUCUCUGAAGUCUUUACCUAUGUUUAUAGUUGGGGAUAUGGAGGUACUGUGUAAGGGAGGGAAUCUGUAGGAGAAUGUAUAACAGUUGAGGGAGGGAGGUCAUUACUAUGGUGUUAUUAGUUCACACUCUUCAUUCCACUAAAUUUCCUGUGAUAUUACUCAAGCCUAAUGGUGACCAUAAAAAUAAACAAAGAAGUCUACCAAGGGAUUCAGAUACAAAA